AAUAUCCCAAGCCUUCCCCAAAGAGUAGAUGAGCGCAGCAGAGCAGAGCUUCACUUACUUAUUUUACCUUAACAAGGAUCCAUAUAACAGAGUUAAAGAGGAAAAACAGAAGAAGAAAGGCAAUGGCAUCUGUUUCAAGUUUCUUCUUCCUCCUACCUCUGGUCUUGUCCCUCAACCUCCAUUUAAACCCAUCAGAAGCAAGGGCUGUUAACCUUAUUGCCAGAACCUGCAACCACUCAGUGUUCAGAAACCUCUGUAUAUCUACCCUGCGCUCCGACCCCAAUAGCGCUAAGACAAACCUCACAGGCUUGGCUUCGAUCUCAAUCCGGCAAACAAUGGCCAGUGCCGUCAACAUAUCAAGUCAAAUUACCAAUUUGCUCAACACCACCAUGGACGACCCCAACAUUCAGCAAUGCCUCUCCGAUUGCAGCCAGAGCUACAUCGAUGCCAUUGAUCAACUGAUUGACAGUGUCGCCUCUUUGGAUAAUAAAAGCUACAGUGAUGUCAACAAAGCCCUCUCAGCCGCCAUGGAUGACGCGUUGCUGUGCCAAGAAGGUUUUUCGGUUGAUGCUACCAAUCCCUCUUUGCUUAGAGACAGUACUAACAAGUUCACCCAGUUAUGCAGUAAUGCUUUGUCCAUCACCAACCUAUUGGCUGGUUCUGCUACCUAAUUCCCAACUCCUAAUCCUACCUCCAUCCCCCCAAAAGGAAAAAAAAAAAAAUCCACUGCCUCUUAUGUAGACUAAAUUUUCUUAGAACUUCAAUUCAUUGUUUCUGAGAUUUUCAUGUGUUGCAGAAGGUGCCAUUCAAAAGACCACCCGUUCAGCACAAUGUGUCUUUUCGCAUAAGGAAUGGCACGUAAUGGAAAAUUGGCAAUGUAAUAGGAGAUAAUUAUUUAAAUACAUAUCUUAUUUAUGAAGAAGCAAA